AUAGACUAUUUGUUCACUUGCCCUAUAAAAGCGCAGAAACAGUUUUCUUUUUCUCCAGGAUUUCUUCUCUCUCUCUCUCUCUCUAAGAAGUGUAGCGUACAAAUUCCGUCAACCGCCAUGUCCGCCGAAUCUGCUUCUGCUAUUCCCAAAGGACAAGUUGAUUUGUUGGACUUCGUGGACUGGUCUGGUGUGGAAUGCCUUAAUCAAAGCGGCAGCCACACCAUCUUCAAUGCCCUCAAACAGGGUUACAGAGAAGAUGAGGGCUUGAACCUAGUGAGUGAUGCAGAUGAGCAGCUAUUGAUUUACAUACCUUUUAAUCAAGUCAUCAAAUUGCAUUCAAUUGUUAUCAAAGGACCUGAGGAGGAAGGUCCUAAAACUGUGAAACUGUUUUCUAACAAGGAGCACAUGGGAUUUAGUAAUGUUAAUGAUUACCCUCCAAGUGACACAGUCGUUUUAUCUGAAGAUAAUCUCAAGGGAAAACCAGUUAUCCUGAAGUAUGUCAAGUUUCAAAAUGUUCGCAGUGUGACCAUUUUUAUCGAGGACAAUCAACUUGAUGGGGAAACUACAAAAGUUGAAAAAAUAGUCUUGUAUGGAACAACGGUGGAAACAACGGAUAUGAAAGGCUUGAAGAAGAUUGAGGACCAUUGAUCCUGCAAAAGAUCUUUAUAAUCAUUCAAGUAUCAUUAUGAUUUUUUUUUGUUUUGUUUCUUAUAAAUUAUGUAGUUUUCAAACAGAAGUAAUUGGAAACUCGAUACACUGGAUAUACCGAAUACCGGCAUGAGCUUUCGGUGCUUUGUCCAAUGCAACAUGUUACUGCAUUUGUUCAA